CUACGUUCUUGGGUCCUUCUGGGGGUGACAUUCAGUCGGCUAGCAGAAACAGCAACAGCGGUUAGCAUCGACAAAUACUUCAACAUGGCACAGGCAGUGCAAAGGCUGGUCGCUAAAGUACCGACAAUGGUCGGCGCCGCUGUCACCUAUUCCAAACCUCGGCUAGCAACCUUCUGGCAUUACGCCCGUGUUGAGCUUGUGCCCCCGAGCCCUGCUGAAAUCCCCAAGGCCAUUGAGGGAGCCAAAGACCUCGUCAAGGGUUUCCAGACAGGACGUCUCGGUCAAACCACAGUGAAGGAUGCUCUCAGGAAUGGACUGGUGGCCACCGAAGUGUUGAUGUGGUUCUACAUUGGCGAGUGCAUUGGCAAAGGAGGCCUCGUUGGCUACAAUGUUUGAAUUUUGGACUGUCAUGCUUUUUUUUCUUGAGCGUUAUAUGUUCAACUUCCAGCAACAAUCCUGGUAUAUAAUAAAUGGAUGUAUGUUGAAAAAAACAAAA